GCUGAACAUGACAGAGAGGUCGCCCUGCGCAAUGAGCUUAUCCGUCAAGAGAAGCUGGAGCUGUUGUCUCAGAGAUUUGAUCAGAAGGCUGCCAUGAGAGAGGCAUGGCUUAGUGAGAACCAGCGCCUUGUGUCUCAGGAUAAUUUCGGCUAUGACCUGUCUGCAGUGGAGGCUGCCAUGAAGAAACACGAGGCCAUUGAGGCAGAUAUUUCAUCAUAUGAGGAGCGGAUCCAGGUUGUGGCGGACCUAGCCCAGGAGAUGGAAUCAGAGGGAUAUUAUGACAUUUGUAGAAUAGCAGCUCAGAAGGACAACAUCCUGAGACAGUGGAACCUACUGAAAGACUUGCUAUGUUCCCGAAGAAAGAGGCUGGAACGGAACUUGGCACUGCAGAAAAUAUUU